AUGGAUAGUGGCAUGCUUCAUUCAGCUAUUGGAACCAGGCAUCAAGAAAUACACACCGUUUAUUCAAUAGUAUCUUUGAGAUAUUCAGAUGCUGCAUUAGCAUACAAACAAGGAAAUUACCUGGAUUACAUCUUGUAUUUGAACAUGGCAUCUUGUGCAAUCAGUGACUUUCAAACUCAAGCCAAGAGUCUAGAUCAAUCAACAUCAUCCAACACAGUGCUGUCAGACAUGGAAAGACGAAUCUCUCAUUCAAAGCUAGUUGCUGCCAUGCAUCGUUAUAAAUUGUUUUUAUCCAAUGACUCGGAGCAUCCACAAUCAGAUAUUACUGCUGCAGACUACCUUUGUCAGCUUGAGAAAAUUGCCACUGACAGGUACUUGUUGCAUCAUACAGUAGAUAUUGCUGCUGCUAGAUCUAAACAUAUCAUGGACUCUUUAAAAAAUUUCAUGUAUACUCCUUUAGCAAUUCCAAAUGUGAUAGAUGCACUAUACCAUGCUGUAAAGAAUGCCGAUCAGAUUAAAAACUCGCUUGCCAUGCAGUCAGCUUUGGAAACACAUUCUGUGACUACUUUGAAUCUUAACUCGGAUGCUACUCCACCAUCACUCAACACACAUCACAAACCAUAUUUAUCUGAUGAUGAUUUUACAGCAGAUCUGGAUAACGAAUUUGACGACCUUUAUGAUAAAGAGUUUGGGAAACGGAUAGAAGAUGAAAUUGCCAAGAUCCCAUUGCCACCAUUGAUUGCAGAUCUUGCCAGCUCACAUUACAAUCUUGCUUUGGAAUAUUUCAAUUUGGGAUUGUAUAUCGACUCGAUCCAUUUAUUGAAUCCACUUUUGGAAGAACUCGAAUCACUUGAUUUGGGAUUGGCACUAAUGACAUGCAUGCUUGCCAUCGAAGUGCUGGUCACUUUGGAUAGAUAUACCGAUUGUGUGCGAGUUAUAACAAUGAUUGAAACAUGCAUUCUCCCAUUUUCUAAUGACUCGGACACUAAGCAGACGGAUCUCAUCAAAUCUUCAAGUUUACAGUCAGAAUCUAGAUGUUUAAAUCAAAUCCCUAUUCAAAACUAUAAGCAGCAAAUACACUCGGCUAUACCAUGCAUGUACUUUGGAUCCUUACUUUUGCUGAUUUCCGUUUUACGAACACGAGUUUCCCUCAUGGAUCCAACCUCUCCAGAAAAAGCACUGGCUAAUGUUGAAAAAGUAGAGCGUAUAUUAUCAGAGACUUUAAACGCAUUGGCACCAAUAUCUAAACCAGAUGCAUCGGCUGUUCAAAAUAAUACAAAAGAGGCAACGAUCCACUCUAAAACCCAAUCUGAUUUGAAAAUAGAGCUUCAGCAUUUGAUGGUGUCCAUGAAAACGCAAGCUCUGUGCCAGUUGAAGCAGUACGAUGCAGCCGUUGAUGUGUUAUUGAACUGUCUUGAUUUUUGCUUGAUCCCUAAUGUCAAGCCAUAUAUAGUGUCGACUGAAAACAUAACCGUGCAGUCCGCAACCACGUCAAAACCAGUUGAUACUGCCAUGAUGACAACUCGGAUGAUGUGGCCCUCGUGGGCAAUACGCCAUCUAGCCAUGGUAAAUAUUGAUUGUGGAUUUGCUCAUGCAUCUAUGGCAUUGUUGAAUCGAGUAGCCAUCAUGAACCAGUUUUCGGGCAUACAAAAAAACGACUACAAAAAGGCUGAUGAGUACCAUCACACUACAACACUUGCGAGCAUCCACACAUUUUAUUCGCAUUCAACCCCUAGUGUAGAUAUGGCAAAUAUGUAUCAGACCCUAUUGAUGAAAAGCAAACCUACACAACCAUCACAUGUAUACUUGCUGAGAUGGUUGGAGAGUAUUGUUUCCAAGAGUAUCGCGCAGCAGCAAAUGUAUCAAGAGUCAUGGAUUAGUAUUGUACCCGAUCAGUCUUUAUCAAUGCCAUCAUCUAUACGCGACUACAAUAUACGUGUUCAAAUACAGCCUCCGUUGGGCCAGCUUCUUACCAGCCAUUUAAAUGAGGCACUGGGUACAGGCAUGGACUUUAUAGAACGUGGUAUAACUUCGUUACUGGUUACGUACCUGCUUUGUGAUGUAGAUAGUCAAGUAUCUGAUCGUGAUGCAAUCCAAACCCAAUUCCUUAUGGUAUUGGAGUUGAUUCAAAAAUGGGUCAAGUCGUACCAUGCAACACAAUAA